UGCGUGCCUUAUGGUAAUUGGAGCACGUGCAUGGGGAAGUUGAAUCGCUCUCGUCGAGUCGUGGCGUCACACUGGGCCUCUUCUCCUUCGUGACCCCUACUAAGGCCCGCCCCUCGGAUCGAGCCUGGGCCGAGUGGACCAAUUGGGAGUGCAGUACGCCAAGUGACGGACAAGGGCCGAGGCCAAUCGCCGAUGUUUUCUUCUCCCACGCGUUGACAUUGUUCUCCUUUUCCAUGGACUUCCAAAAACGAGAGAGAAACGCGGAAGGCCCGGCUCUUUCCUGCGUGAGCUCGGAUGAAAAGCUCCACUAGUACCACGGACAGGGACAAAAAUGAUCUUUAUGCACUCCGUCCAGGCUCGAUUCUCAUCUUCAACUUGUUGGAGGAGGACGACAGAAAGUGGCCUCGCCCCGCCCCCGGCCAUCGCACCCCUCGUCCCCCGUCCGGCCCGGGAUGCUUGUCUGCAUUUGGCGGAUCCGUGGCGAAAGUCGCCGCUUCCGUUUCCUCGCGAGGGUUGCGGGCGACCUUCUCGGGCUCGCGUCGGUCCAGUUGGGUCGCCGUCAAAACACGCGUACCGAGAACCUCGCGGGCCACGACGAGCACCGAGGAAGACCUGUAAAAGUGUUCUUUUCACUUCACGUGCAUCGGUUUCAUUUUCAACCUGUAAAACUUGGACGAUGACGCCGGCGUUUGGACCGGUCCGCAGUUUUUGCAUUUUAGCGCACAAGGGACGAAGGAACCGAGAAAAGGACCGAGAGAAUCGAAUUUUAACCACUGCAUUAGAAACGUUUCGAAUUUUGUUUGUUUUUUUUUCCGUCUUCAUUGCUUAUCUCGUCUUUGAUUUAUUUCUUCGAGCACCUCCCUCCCGUCCAGUCUCGCACGAUGAGGUUGAUGUCGCCCGCCACCAGCUGGUGACACGGGAUAAUUGCACCUUCAAGUCUUUUUGUUGCGCGGCGCCAAACAUCUCUUCGCUGUCAGUUAGGAGAAAGCCAAAUGAAGGAGUACGGCAUCACGCGAAAGAUGGUCCGGCGGCUCGGCUGUCGAGCAACAGCGCGACUGUGCAGAAAGCCGCUCCAAUGCGCAUGCGCCGAGUAGCGCCCGGGCAAACUCAUGCGGAUGUGUGCUAUACGUGAAAUGGCGGCUCUAGUGAGGCUAGUUUGAACCGCUGCCCUGCUUCUCGUCUUAAGAGUUGGCGUGUGAAAGCUCAGCGGGUACUUUCCUUCCUUCACGCGGACCCUUUCAGACUCCGUCCGACACGAGAGGUACCAGAAAAGCGCUUGGAUUCCAGAGGAGUUAGCCGACCGAUGCUAGCGUUAGCUGCCGUUCACUCUCGCUCGCUUGCGUGUUGACAAGAAAUAGUCCUCCAGAUUCCAAAAGCUAAAUUAAUGAUACGCGAGGUCAACCUUGAGCCGAAUGCACUUAUCACGUUAGUAGUACACUCACAGGCUGUCGCUUGACUCAAGGCGUUCCAUUUUCAAGCGUGCGAACGAGGCAGGCAGGCAGGCAGGCGUGACCUCCUGACCUUUCGCCGCGCGCGGCGCAUGCGUGCUGCUCAUUUGUGCGCCACAGGUGCGAUGGCAAAGCGGAUCGCGGACAAAGAGCUGACGGACCGGAACUGGGACCAGGAGGAGGACGGCGAGGAGGCCGGAACCUUCUCCGUGGCCACGGAAGACGUGAUGAGGAACCGCGCCAUCAAGAAAGCCAAGCGGCGUAAUGUCGGCACGGAGGGCGAAGCCGGCGGCGCUUUCAAAGGUUUCAAAGGUUUCUCCGUGGGCCCGUCUUCCGCGCCGCCGCCCUUCGGCGCCGCCUUCAAAAGCUCGGGCCCCUUGACCAACGGGAGCGGCGUCCCGGCGCCGUCCUUCGCCGCGGCGUCAUCUUCGUCGGCUACCGGUGAGUCGCCAGCGACGAGCUGGGCCCGCGUCACGGAAACCCGUCCGCGUUUCCCUAUAGGCGCGGCCUUCGACGCUUCGCCGGGCAACGGCCGUAAAGAGUACGGCCGCCAGUUGACGGCGCUCAACUGUUCGGUGCGCGACUGGAUCAGCAAACACGUGGACGACAACCCGCUGUGCGACCUCCAGCCCAUCUUCCGCGACUACGAGCGCCACCUGGCCGGCAUCGAGCGACGCUUCGCCGCCGAGGACCGGACGGCCCCUUCCUUUCCCGCGUUUCCCUCCGAGGACGACCCGCCCGCCGUCGCGUUCGACUUCGGUCGGAAGGCGGAAGGCUCGGCGCAAAAGGGCGCCGAGCCGUCCGCUUUUUCCUCCUUCGGGGGAGCGUCGCGAUCCUUCGGCGAGACGGACCGCGCCGCGCCUUCAGAGGAGAAGGGGGACGCGUACGAGCCGCCCAAACCUGAGGUCAAAGAGGUCAAAGAGGAGGACGCCUUCUACUCCAAAAGGUGUAAACUCUUCUACAAGAAGGGCCACGAAUUCAAGGAGAAAGGCGUGGGAACGCUGCACCUCAAAGAGACGGCCCAGGGGAAAACGCAAAUGAUCGUCAGGGCCGACACCAACCUGGGAAACAUCCUCCUCAACAUCUUGCUGGCGAGCGGCAUGCCGUGCUCGCGUCUGGGCAAGAGCGACGUGAUGGUGGUGUGCGUGCCCAACCCGCCCGUGGACGACAAGAACCCCGGCGACCCCGUGCCGCUCCUCAUCCGUGUCAAGUCUGCCGAAGACGCCGACCACCUGCACAAAACUCUGGAGGAGAAGAGAGGCUGAACCGGCCCGCUUUUGCCCACCCGUCAUUUUUUUUUUUUUUUUCUGUCAGUCAAUGGAGGCCCGGUCCGUCGACAACGUGUAUAUUUGUCGGGAGGGUCCGUUUCCCGCCGAGGAGGGCCGUUCUUUCUCCCUCUGUCGCCCUAUCGGGACAAAUUUUCUUUCUUUCUUUUGUUUACCUCCCCUAGAUGUGAAUAAAUGGAAACGUUGAAAUC